AUGGGGCAGAGCUUGCAGCGGUGUCGGAUACACGGGGCAGUAGAGACUGCAGUGGCAGCGGGUAUGCAAGAUAGCAGCGAUGUGGGGCAGCAGCAAGGCAGUAGGCCGAUUGCCGAAGGCAGGCGCACGGGUUGCUGCGGGGCAGAUGGUGCGAGCGGAGGGCAAGCUGCAGGAGAGCCGACGCUAGCGUGGGCUAGUAGGUGCUACCAAUUGACCUUUCUUUUACCAUGCAACGCCAACCAAAUUGACAACCUCAACAGGUUGAUCAAAUCUCGCAGAUUUAGAACUAAUCAUCCUCCUCAUUCGCAAUCCUUCGUUGUUUCGGAUGUCGAGGAUCACGAAUUUUCUUCUCCAGUUUAUGUUGGACCCCAAGAUGGGUUGAAGGAAGCUGAUAAGAUUGAUGCUUUGCCAGGACAACCUAAUCUUAGUCCCGGAGAAAAAUUUAAUCAAUAUGCAGGCUAUGUUACAGUGGAUCCUAUAGUUGGGAGAGCACUGUUCUACUACUUUGUAGAGUCACCUCAAAAUUCUUCAACUAAACCUCUAGUGUUAUGGUUAAAUGGAGGACCAGGAUGUUCGUCUUUUGGGUAUGGAGCCAUGGAAGAAUUGGGACCUUUCAGAGUUAACAGUGAUGGAAAGACAUUAUUCCAGAACGAUCAUGCUUGGAACAAUGUGGCGAAUGUACUGUUCUUGGAGUCUCCGGCAGGAGUUGGGUUCUCUUAUUCAAACAACAAAUCGGACUACGAAAACGUUGGUGACAAGAGAACUGCGAAAGACUCGUACACAUUUCUUGUAAACUGGCUAGAGAGAUUUCCUCAAUACAAGAGUAGAGAUUUCUUCAUAAUUGGAGAGAGCUACGCUGGUCAUUACGCACCUCAACUUGCUCACACCAUUCUCUCAAAGAACAACGCCACAAAGCAAACAAAAAUCAGUCUCAAAGGCAUUGCGAUUGGGAAUCCUUGGAUCCAUGACAAGGACGGCACACUAGGUGGUUAUGAUUAUUUGUGGACACAUGAUUUGAACUCGGACGAAACUCAUGCCGGAAUACAAAAAUAUUGUGACUUUGCCUCGGGUAAUAUAUCGCAGACGUGUAUUAUCUAUAUGAACAAAUCAGCCGACGAGCUUGGAGACAUUGAUAUUUACGACAUCUACGCUCCACAGUGCAACAUAUCAUCUGGAUCCAAAUAUGUCUCAGAAGCUCCUGCUGUUAAUAGUUUUGAUCCAUGCUCUGAUAAAUAUGUGGAGGACUAUCUAAACCUCGCCGAGGUGAAAGCAGCUCUUCAUGUUAAACCCACAAACUGGACAGCUUGCAGUGGUGUAGGAUGGACAGACGGCCCAACAACCAUUCUACCCAGAAUAAAGCAGCUUAUAGCAAGUGGGAUGAGUUUUUGGAUAUACAGUGGAGACACCGAUGCAAAUGUGCCAGGCACGUCCUCUAGAUACUCCAUAAACAGGCUCAAGCUACCGAUUGAGAAGCCAUGGCGGCCAUGGAACUCUAAUGGAGAGGUUGGAGGAUAUGUGAUUGGCUACAGGGGGUUAACAUUUGCUACGGUAAGGGGAGCUGGCCAUAUGGUUCCCAGCUACCAACCACAGCGAGCACUCACCUUGAUCUCAUCAUUUCUUCAAGGGACGCUCCCUCCUGCCUUCCCAGCCAAAUCCCAAUAG